AUGUCAAUCAAUUUGCAAUUCACUAUUUAUAGGUUCUACUCUUCUUGUUAUGACUUAGAAGUUUACUUUGAAAAAGGAUAAGAUAAGUUUAAGAUGAAACAACUCUAUAACCUUUAAUAAGAUGGAACAUAAUACUUACCAGUCAACGUAUUUUUAGAAUUUCCUGUUUAUGAAAUCUAAUCAAUAUGUAAUCCAGACGAAUAUUCCUAAUACAUCAACUAUUGCUCUCUUAUUUUUAAAAUACUAAGAAAGGGUACUUAGGAUGAAGUAGCGUAAUCUAAAAUAAUUUUAGAAACUGUCUAUAACUAGUACUCUUACAUACGCUACAUUUCUUGGGUAAGAGUAGCUGAUACAGAAUAAAGAUUGACAUAGUUUCGAAACUCAUAAAAAUAUUAAUCGAUUUAAUAACCUUAGAAUAAUUUAGUUAUCACUGCCUCAUAAUAUUAACCCCUCAAGCAAGAUCCUUACUACCCAAUAAAAGUGGCAUUUUUUAUAGAUAAUUUACCAAACAUCCAAACUACAGUAAAGUAUGACCCAGAUUCUCUGAUUUACAAGAGCUUUAUCUAGCAAAAAUAUAUUAAAAUUAAAUUUGAGAAUUAUCCUACUCUUUACAUUUUAAAAGCUUAAGUAGGACUUACCUAUAAUAUAAAUUCUACAGAAUUUACUCAAAGAAAUUCUACUCUUAUUACUUUAAAAGAUAAUGCUCUUUCAAUCAACUUCUAAAAUUCUUUUGAGAUAGUGCAAGAAAUCUUGCUAUAAGAUAAAGUAGUGACCAUUAAGAUGUUCUUGAGAAUAAAGCUUGUCUUAGAUAGUUAUUUCUUAAUUGAGAGGCUUCCUUUUUAUGACGAGAUUUUGCCCUAAGAAAAGCCAGAAGAUUCUUAAGCAUUAAUAAUUUUGAAAGAAUAUUAUGGAUUCUUAGUGGUUUUUGCCAUUGUGUUAGCUUUCUUUUUGGUUUCAAUCUUUAUCAUUAAAAAAAUUUAAAAAAAUUAAAGUAUUCUAAAAAAUACUGGUUUUAUUAGAUAAAAUUCUGAUGAAGAAAACAGUCCUUACAAUAUAAAUGUUAACUUAUAAAUGAGUUAAUCUGAUGAAAUAAAAAUAUGA